AUGAGCCCAGACCUCAACCUGAUCGAACACUACUUGGACCACAUCCAAAGAGAACUGAAUCGCUUUCAGCCAAGACCAACAAAAGCACUUCAGCUGCAGCGAGCCAUCCCACAAAUUGGUGCAAAUGGGAACAUGGUCAUCAUUCAUAGACUUCUGAGGUCAAUGGCAAACAGAUGCCAAGCUAUUGAGCUCUUCUUAGAAUUCAUGGACAAUAUGAAGAACAUGGGUGUUCUCAUCAAGAGCGUGCAAACAGACUCAGGGCCGUUAGGAUUUGAGAUGACAUGUGCACCAUGUGACGGUAUACUUACUGGUGACAACACUUCACGACUCCGAAAUGCGCUGGAGGUGUACCUGAAAACGAAAGGCUACGAAAUAUCCUAUCUGAGCAUCUUCUCUCCGAAUACAGUUCCAUUGGUACAACAUUACAACUUCAGCCUAUGGAAUUCUGACGGAACAAAUGCCAUGGUGCCAAUAGAAAGUGCACAAGGCCCUAACGGUCUGUCUGACAUGGGAAGACAUUUUCUGAAUGGGCUCUGUCACCAUGGUCCAGCUCUGACCGCUUUUGCGUUGCCAACAUUACACUGUUACAGAUCCAGUGUGAGCAAAGUCUGUCCUAGCUACUUUGACUACGGAUGCAACGACAGAUCCAAAUGUUUCCGGUUGAAAGGAAACGAGGACAAUCCUUUGUUUGAGUUCCGCCAGCCAAGUCCACAGGCCAACCCCUACCUCGUCUUCGCUUCCGUUGUGGCCGCUGGAAUAGACGGAAUCAAUAGAAAACUUGAGAUGCCAGACCCCGCUCUCCCUGUGCCCGGUGACCUCCCUUCCGCUCUCAGUGCCCUGAAGAAGGACCACGUGGUCAUGGAGGCCAUGGGGGAAGAACUGGUCAACGCCUUCGUCUACACCAAGACAACUCACGAGAUAGAGCCCCUGAUGGCGGGGGGGACGGCAAGCGACGAAGAGAUGCUCAAGAGAGAGAUGGCGUUCUACUGA